AUGGGGAAGAUCACAUUUUUCGAGGAGAAGAAUUUCCAGGGCCGCUGCUACAACUGUAGCAGCGACUGUGCCGACCUGCACACGUACUUCAGCCGCUGCAACUCCAUCAGGGUGGAGAGUGGUGUGUGGGUGAUCUAUGAGAGACCCAACUACAAGGGUUUCCAGUAUGUCCUCACCCCCGGGGAGUACGCCGACAGCCAGAAGUGGAUGGCCUUCAGCGACAACGUGAAAUCGUGCCGUGCCUUAAAGAAUGUUUAUGGCAGUGCGUGGAAGCUGAGGCUGUAUGAGAGGCCAGACUUCAGAGGGCAGAUGGUGGAGUGCUCUGAUGACUGUCCUUCAGUGUAUGAUACCUACAAGCUGCGUGAGGCUUACUCCUGUGUGGUGAUCGAUGGCACCUGGGUGUUCUACGACCUCCCCAACUACAAGGGGCACCAGUACCUUCUAGAGCGGGGCGAGUACCGGCAGCAUGGUAACUGGGGGGCGUCCUCGCCUGGAGUCGGCUCCUUCCGCAGGAUCACAGAGUUUUAA